AUGUAUCCAUUUUCAGACAAAAAACGGAUUACGCAUCAAGAAUACCAACAAAAUGUGUAUUACGACGAGUUUCCCAGCUCCAGAUCGCUGGAUAGUCGGUGGAGUGAUUCCGGAGAAAGUCAAGAAUCGAUCGCGUCUUCAAGCUCAUCUACAGCUCCAUUUCGUCCGACCUUUUCAGCUCGGAUUAUUGAAAAAACGGUGAAAAAGAAAAUUUUGAAUUUGGGAUUAUGUUUGAUUUGUGAAGUUGAUGCGACUGGAAUUAAUUAUGGUGUUAAAACGUGUGAAGGGUGUAAGAAAUUCUUCCAUCGCAACCAUCCGAAUAGUCUUAAAUUGAGAUGCAAAAAGAGGAGCAAAACGAAAUGUUCAAUUAAUCCAACAAAUCGAACUGAAUGUCAGGCAUGCAGAUUUCAAAAGUGUUUAGAUUAUGGGAUGACUAUGGAUAAGCCCGUCGAUGAUGUUCUCAAGAUGACCAGAGAACAGAAGAUUCUUUUUAUGAAGUUAGCCCAUUGGAUUAUCGAAGUUCAUAUGAGGGAAUGUGUGCUCACUGAAACAGGUUUAGAGAAAUUUGGGGAGUCAGAAAUGAUAAAAAUUGCGCACGACAUGCAUCCUGUCGAUAGACGUUUUGAUGCUUGGACCAUAAUAAUUCCAGAAAUGAAUCGAGAAAUUUCAAGUAUAAUUUCAUUUGUACGAGACACACGACUACUGGAAGACUGUCAAAAUCCCCCAGAAGUUCUAAAAACGACAAUGUUCCAAGCCUUCUGUCUCCGUGUAGCUCGUGGAUUGUCUCCAAAAGGAUGGAUGUUUUCGGAUGGACGAACUCUCGAUUCUGAAUGUUUGGAACUAAUUUUUGGAGACGAUUUGACAAGAGACUUGGUGAAAUUAUCGAAUUUGAUCAAGUUGAAUUUUGUGACUGACGAAGAUUUGGGGAUGAUGAUUGCACAGGUGGUUGUUCAUCCGAGGAAUGGAUUCAAGGAUUUGGAAUUUCAUUAUGAAAAUGUUUUUAAUGCUUUUCGAGUGAAGAUGAGGAAACGGGAGCAUGAGAAAGCGAUGAUGACAGCGAUUAGUGAAAUUUUGGAGCAUUUGGAGAAGAUUGGUGCACAACAGAAGGCUCAAGCAUAUCAUCUGCUCAUUUUGGGUCCGAAAAGGAACAUGAGGCUUGGAAGACGGAAGGAUUUGUUAAUGAGUGUGGGUAAUAAGAUAAUGAGCGUAAAACAGUAUUCGAGAAGGUUUGUGGAUAAUUUUUGA